AAAUCUAUUCAAAAGCGAAAGUUUUUUCUUUUCUUUUUUAUGGGUCCGGAAAUUUCCCUUUCAUCUUUUGAACCCGAAAUGUUGGUGAAGAUAUUAUUUGGCUAAUAUUGUUCAAAUUCUCCGAGCGUGAACCCAGAAACCCAAACGCCAAAGGGUCUUGAUUCCGACAAGCGGAGGAACAAUGGACGACUACACUCGCGAGAUGAUGGAUCUCAAGACCUUGGUCACUCGAACCCUAGAGAAGAAGGGUGUUCUCGCCAAGAUCCGGGCUGAGCUUCGUGCUAGUGUGUUUGAGGCAAUCGAAGAGGAGGACCGAGCAAUAGAGAAAGACGAAGGCCUGCCUCCGGCAUUGUUGGGCAGCUGCAAUGACCGUGCGAAACAGCUUCAUGCUUCUCCAUCAGGACGGUUGCUAACUGCGUUGAUAUGUGAAUACUUGGAUUGGGCGCAACUAAAUCACACUCUAAAAGUUUAUCAACCCGAAUGCAAUUUGCAAAAGGACUUCUGGAAGGCCGAGUUGAAAGAGUUUAGUAGCAAGAAUGGUUAUGAGCUUAACAGAAAUGGGGAUAGUGGGCCUCUCCUUCUGGAUGUUCUUGAAGGUUUCUUGAAGUUUGAGAACUUGUCCCAGUCAAUGGGUAGUGCAAGGCGAGAUCCAGAAACCGAGUCCUCAUCGAGCCUGGAGUCUGGAAAUACUCACAGAUAUUUGUCAUCUUCUGCUUCUGGGGGCUUACCUCCUCUAGGAAGACCUGGCUUUGCACCUCGAGGAUCUGAUCGAAGAGCUGGGAUGUCUUCAUCUGGGCAUAGAGAAGAAGAAUACAAUCUGAGAUACGACAGUCAAGAUGUACCAGAAGAGGUGAUUCGAGCUUCAGCAGCGCUGGAAAAUCUCCAGCUUGAUAGAAAAACUCGGAAUUUAACGUCAUCUUGGCGGAAUGCUAGGGGUGAAACAUGUGAAGAAGAUGGAAGGAUUUGAUUAGGUUUUACCGAAACUCUCUCUUUCUUCUCAUGUAUUAAUAUUAAUAUUCGGAAGGGCCGGCUUGGCUCAGCGUUUGCCGUGGGAUCUGAGAUCGCGGGUUCGAAUCAACCUUUCUGCAUAAGGGGUAAGACUGCAUAAUAUAUUCUCUUUCCCAACACUCUGGAACUCGAACUGGGUUGGUCUUUUAUUGAUGUUAAUAUUCGGGGAGUCAAUUGCGUAUGCAUUUGUGCUCCUCUUCUUGAAUUCAUGUAUGGUUUCACUCUUACUUAACACGAGUGUAGUAGUGGGCUAUGUUCAAUGCUUGUAAUGGAAGAUGGAUUUUAACACAGUUGGAAUGUUUUGUUCUUUGGUCA